UAUCUUUUCCUAGUUCUGUCUUCAAUAAUCAUCACCGAUGAAACUUUUGAUGCUCAUCAUCCUUCUUGUUCAUGUUGCGGCAACCCUGCCGACGGAUGGCAAUAAUUUGAUUGAGCAAACAUGCAGGCGGACACCCUUUUACGAUGUUUGCAUCUCUUCUCUUAAAUCGAAGCCUCGAAGCUCUGGAGCAGACGUCACAGGGCUAGCCCUCACAAUGGUUGACGUGCUCAAGACCAAGGCAACCGAAACUCUCAACCAUAUUAAGGCUCUUCUUCACGGUAGCCCAAAACUAAAGCGGUCGUUAAGGUCUUGCGCCGACAGCUACAAAGCUAUUAUAGAGGGAGAUGUCCCGGAAGCCAUUGAAGCUUUGAAGAAAGGCAAUCCUAAAUUUGCUGAACAGGGUGCAAAUGAUGCUGCCGACGAGGCCACUUCAUGUGAAGGCCGUUUCUCCGGCCGUUCACCGCUGACUGAUAUGAACAAAGCUGUGCAUGAUGUCGCUGCUGUGGCUGCAGCCAUUGUCAGGAAUUUGCUUUAAGCAAGCAGUACUUGUUGCUUUUUAUCUCUACGUACAUAUUCAUGGAUGUCAUAUAUGCAAUAAUAACAGCCGGAAGAAUUAUGAAUAGAAAUGCUUUAAACAUGGAAAUAAUCCAUGGUCUAAGGAGAAGCUUUUACAGCAAAUUAAAUGGAAAAUGAAGAUUUGACUUAUUUCUAAAGAUAAAUUCAAGAAGACCCGCGGGAAUGGUGUUCUUCGUAGUGUUUGGAGUAUAAAUGGGAUUUUGUUUUAAUUUAACAUAAUAUUAAAACAGAGGUUAUGAGA